AUGGAAUCCAUUGAUUCCCUCAUGCUGAAGGAAGCACUGGGCAAUACAGUAUUUGAGUUGGAAAAUGGAGAGGUAGAGGCAUACACUGGUCUUUCACCAACAGUUCCCUCUUUCAACUGUGAAUUAAGAGAUGAGUUUGAAGAGGUAGAUUCAGCACCUUUAGUGAAAAGUUCUACUGAUAAUACUGAGUUUGUCAAUGAGAACAAUCAGGAGUUUCAGAGGUCCUCUUCUGAAGAUGAAGUGGUUAGAAAGAAACAACAAAAUAAUACUAGCCAGGAGAGACAAAGAGAAAAUUCAACUGAAGAUUCAGCCUGUGCUCCCAGGCAUAUUUUCAGUGAACAAAACACCAAUGUUAGGGGCAAAAACCAGGGAAGUUCUCUUGAGCAGGUGGUGAGGCCCAAAGUUAGGAAAGUGAUAAGUUCAAGCCAGGUGGACCAAGAAACAGGUUUUAAUAGGCAUGAGGCCAAACAAAGAAGUGUUCAGAGGUGGAGAGAGGCUUUGGAAGUUGAAGAAAAUGUCUCAGAUGACCUCUUAAUAAAAUGUGAUGAGUAUGAUGGAGAACAUGAUUGUAUGUUCUUGGAUCUGCCUUUCACAAGAGUUACACAGAGGGAAACAGAAGAUAACCAACUAACAACAGAAAGUGGAGCCACAGUAAGGCCAGAGGUUGUGGAUAACACAUUUUGGAAUGGCUGUGGAGACUAUUACCAACUGUAUGAUAAAGAUGAAGAUAGUUCAGAAUGCAGUGAUGGAGAAUGGUCUGCUUCUUUGCCGCAUCAAUUUUCUGGUACAGAGAAAGAUCAGUCCUCGAGCGACGAGAGUUGGGAGACUCUGCCCGGAAAAGAGGAGAACGAGCCUGAGCUCCGCAGUGACAGCAGCGGCCCGGAAGAGGAGAACCCGGAGCUGUCUCUUCAGGAAGGGGAACAAACAUCCUUGGAAGAGGGAGAAAUUCCUUGGUUACAGUACAAUGAAGUCAAUGAAAGCAGCAGUGAUGAAGGGAAUGAGCCCGCUAACGAAUUUGCACAGCCAGAAGCUUUCAUGUUGGAUGGUAACAAUAACCUUGAGGAUGACUCCAGUGUGAGUGAAGACUUGGAUGUGGACUGGAGCUUGUUUGAUGGCUUUGCAGAUGGACUCGGAGUUGCUGAAGCUAUUUCUUACAUGGAUCCUCAGUUCCUCACUUACAUGGCGCUGGAAGAGUGCCUAGCCCAGGCUAUGGAGACUGCCCUGGCACACUUAGAGUCUCUUGCAGUGGAUGUUGAAGUGGCCAAUCCACCAGCCAGUAAGGAGAGCAUUGAUGGUCUUCCAGAGACGCUUGUUCUUGAAGAUCACACUGCUAUUGGUCAGGAGCAGUGCUGUCCAAUCUGUUGCAGUGAGUAUAUUAAGGAUGAUAUAGCAACAGAGUUACCCUGUCACCAUUUCUUUCACAAACCUUGUGUCUCAAUUUGGCUACAAAAGUCCGGGACCUGCCCUGUGUGCCGCCAGCACUUCCCGCCUGCUGUGAUGGAAACGCCGGCAGCCGCUUCCUCUGAGCCUGAUCGUGACGCCCCCCCUGCAAAUGACAGUGCUGCAGAAGCCCCCUAAACCUUUCCACUUGAAUGAGA